AUGUUGGUCUUCUCAAGAGUUAUAUACAUCAUCUUGUCACUUCUUCUUUAUUCUGAAAGUACCUUUAUAGGUCCAGCAUUGUACAGGAGACCAACAACGUGUGGAAUGUAUAGUCCUCUAGGAAUUUGUACCAGAGAGUAUUAUCCAGUCUGUGGAACCAAUGACCGUACUUAUUUCAACAAAUGUGCUUUCUGUAUUGCAUCCAGACAAAGCCGUGGUUCCAUUAAUUUGGCACAUUAUGGUAAAUGCUGA